UUUAUUAAUUCUCAAGUUUUACUCUUUAGGUAUUAAAACCCAAUGGUAUUCUGUUAUUUAGGGAUUAUGGAUUGUAUGAUCAAGCAAUGUUGAGAUUUAAACCUGGUCACAAGUUAAGUGAAAAUUUUUAUGUAAGGCAAGAUGGCACUCGAGCUUUCUACUUCUCUGAAGAAUACUUGGGAAAAUUAAUGGUUGAAGCUGGAUUUGAAGUGAUUGCUAAUAAAUAUGUUUCUAGAGAAACUGUAAACCACAAAGAAGGCACCUGUGUACCAAGAGUUUAUAUCCAAGGGAAGUUUUUAAAACCUAGAUGAUCAAAAAAUUUUAUGUAUAGAUAUUGUUUAAAUAAAUUUUUUCAUAAAAAAAUUA